AAAGAAGCAAAAAACGGUGCUGCAGCAAACCGGCUCAUCGAGAGGAGUGAAUAAGGAUUUGCAUAGCCCGAUGGAUGCGGAUUAGAGAGCUCCGGCGGUGAAUAUAGCGGGUAAAAAUGAGCAGCAUAUUGCAUGCAGCGUCUGAGGUGAAAUGGAAUAAGAGCGCAGCGGCCAGACGAGCCGUGAUCCUCGCAGCGGCUGCAUACGGCUUAAAAACCCUUUACCCUGUCAUCUACAAACGGCUCGGUAAACGCACAGAGCCCAAAAGCACCGCUAACGGACAACGAGAGCAGAAUGGACUGGUGCCGACGCAUAGAUCUGCAUUAGAAACCGUUUCCGGUCCUGAUGAGAAUCCCAGGUCGCCCGGCGUGGACGCGCGGUUCUUUAGACAGAUCCUCGAUCUGAUCAGAAUCAUUUUUCCGAAGCUCGCGACCCGAGAACUAGCCUUGCUCUGCUUACACUCGGCGGCUCUGGUCUCGCGGACAUUCCUGUCCAUCUACGUGGCCGGCUUGGAUGGCAAGAUCGUCAAGAGCAUCGUGGAGAAGCGGCCGCGCAGCUUCAUCGCCAAGCUGAUGAAGUGGCUGCUCGUGGCCGUGCCUGCCACAUUCGUAAACAGCGCGAUCCGCUACCUAGAGGGGAAGCUCGCGCUGGCCUUGCGCACGCGCCUCGUGCAGCGCGCCUACGCGACCUACUUCGCCGGCCAGACGUACUACCGUGUGGCGAACAUGGAUGCGAGGCUGGCCAAUCCCGAUCACUCGCUUACGGAGGACGUAGCGAUGUUUGCUCAGUCUGUCGCGCGCCUCUACUCCAACCUCACCAAGCCAGUGCUAGACGUUAUCCUCACCUCAUACACGCUCAUCCAGACCGCGAGGUCGCGCGGCGCCGGGGCCACGGGGCCCACGCUGCUAGCCGGCCUGGUGGUGUUCAUCACCGCUAAAGUGCUGCGCUGGUGUUCCCCGACGUUCGGCCAACUGGUGGCUGAGGAGGCGCGCAGGAAAGGGCAUCUGCGCCACGCCCACUCGAGGAUCAUCGCCCAAGCGGAGGAGAUUGCCUUCUACGGAGGGCACAAGGUAGAGAUGCUCCAACUGCAGAAGUGCUACAAGGCUCUGGCUGAGCAGAUGAAUCUGAUCCUGUCCAAGCGCCUGUGGUACAUCAUGAUCGAGCAGUUCCUCAUGAAGUACGUUUGGAGUGCAUGUGGCCUUGUUAUGGUGGCAGUGCCCAUCAUCACUGCCACCGGCUUUGCUGACAACGAACUUGCAGAUGGCCAAACACAGGUGUUAGUGAGUGAGAGGACAGAAGCCUUCACGACUGCACGUAAUCUUCUAGCCUCAGGGGCAGACGCCAUUGAGAGGAUAAUGUCCUCCUACAAAGAGGUCACUGAGCUGGCCGGAUACACAGCCCGUGUCCACAACAUGUUCCUGGUUUUUGAGGAGGUGCAGAGGGGAGUGUAUAAGCGUGCGUUGGUCUCCGUGACAGCAGCAGCUGGAGAGAACGGUGGCAGGAGGCCUGAACUGCACAUUGAUGGUCCAUUAGAGAUCAAAGGAAAAGUGAUUGAUGUGGACAAGGGUAUAGUUUGUGAGAAUGUUCCCAUCAUCACUCCAAAUGCGGAUGUGGUUGUUUCCAGCCUGAACUUUAAGGUGGAGGAGGGUAUGCACCUGCUGAUCACAGGACCUAACGGCUGUGGUAAAAGCUCUCUCUUCCGCAUCCUUAGCGGUCUCUGGCCUGUGUACAGUGGCAUGUUGUACAAACCUGCUCCACAGCACAUGUUCUACAUCCCACAGAGGCCUUACAUGUCUAUUGGGACACUACGAGAUCAAGUGACGUACCCCGACUCUGUGGAGGACAUGCAUGAGAAGGGCUAUAGAGACAAAGACCUGGAAGACAUUCUGGAUAUUGUCAACCUCAAACACAUCGUCACCCGAGAAGGAGGUUGGGAAGCAGAGGUGGACUGGAAAGAUGUGCUGUCAGGAGGAGAGAAGCAGCGGAUGGGCAUGGCUCGCAUGUUCUAUCACAAGCCCAAGUACGCCCUGUUGGAUGAAUGCACAAGUGCUGUCAGUAUUGAUGUGGAGGGUAAAAUAUUCCAGGCUGCAAAGGAUGCUGGGAUCUCCUUGCUGUCUAUUACCCAUAGGCCUUCUCUAUGGAAGUACCACACACACCUGCUGCAGUUUGAUGGCGAGGGAGGUUGGCGGUUCGAGCAGUUGGAUACAGCUACUCGGCUUUCUCUCACUGAGGAGAAGCAGCGUCUGGAGGCUCAGCUCGCCGGCAUUCCCAAGAUGCAGCAGAGACUGAAUGAACUGUGUAAGAUCCUGGGUGAGGACUCGGUGCUGAAGACAACUGAGUCCAGUGAGGGGGAAUGAGAGACAGAGAGCUCGGGUUACAGCACAUGCAAGCUGCACGCCAGACAACAGCAACUUUGCCCACCAAGUCCCGAUUGGUGAGCGCUUUGAGGCUGCAGCUCAACUUUAUCCAUUACAGUGUGAGUUAGGUUCUCGCCACUCACUAUCCUACAAUCCCAAUCGCAAUCCCUUGUACAUUUACUAACUACUCCACACUGAAAAUGUACAGGAGGGAAGUUUCAGUGUGCACGCAUCCUUACACCAUCCUCAAAACUAGCUGCAGUUCCUGCAGUGUUAAACAGUGAUUUUCAAAGUUUGUCUCUUUCUAAAAAAAAAAAGCCUUUUUAUGUCUUCUUUUCCCUUAUGCAGAUUUCAUCUGUAUAUUGGCUAUGUUUUAUCUCAGAGUCCAGAGAUAAUUUUAGCUAAGCUGUUUGUAAUUAUCGCAGUAUAAUUUGCUGCUUCAGAAAAUGGGAUUGAUUGUAACAUUUUAGUGACUUUUGUGUUUUUAUUGAUGUACAUGUGGCAAUGACAGCUAUCUCUGCUUCUUUUAGGAAAUAUCUGUACCUGCUAUGAUGCUGCUUAUUGUUUUGUUUCUUUCUAGUGACAUUAGAAAUUAUGUGAUUUGGGCUUAUGUUACACAAAUACUUUACCGUUAACAGCUGAUUUCUCGCCCUAAAUUCCGAAGUCUAGUUUGAUAUUUGUUUAGUGACAGCUAAUUCAGUGAAUAAUUGGUGCUAUAAUUUAUAAACUGCUUGUGUCAGUGAUUGGUUCUAUUAGUAAGCGUCUGUUUUCAGUUUCAGCGUUAGACUUUAAGCUUUUCUGGGUUCUGGUUUGACAAAAGAGACCUAGUUUCUCAAAAUCAACAAAUAUUUAUUCAUUCAUCUUGAGUAAGCACUUUAUCCUAUCCUAUCGGGAACACUGGGCAUGAAGCGAGAAUAUACCAUGGGCUGCCAGUCCAUUACAAGGCACCAUGCACAUACGCAUUCAUAUCUAGAGGGAAAUUUAUCAUAGCCAAUCCACCUACCAGCAUGUUUUUAAGGGGUGGGAGGAAACUGGAGAACCCAGAGGAACUUGGUUCAGUCCUGAGUAAGCCUAGCUCAGGCUCAAACCAGGGACCCUUGACCUGUGAGGCAGCAACACUACUCACUGCUCCACUGUGCCGCACAAUCCCCAAAUACUUAUCAUUAUAUGUAAUACAUACAUUAUCUACAAGCCUGUUAUGAUAAUAUAAUUGUGUUCUGAACUCCAGCAUGGCAGGGAUGGAGAACUGUUUUGCCAAGUUCAUGGCCAGCACUGGCACGGACACUCUGAGAAAUAAAUAAAUACAAUUCACACAGAUAAAAAUGGUCCAGAAGCACUAUGGCAAUAACACAGAGAACCAAAUAGUUCUUUUACUUUAAUGUUUUCCUGACAACA